AUGGCCACUCAGGUAGAGCCGCUGCUGCCGGCGGGUGCCGCGCUGCUGCAGGCCGACGAGCACGGCUUGGCGAGGAAGAAGCCCGUGCCUGACGCGCAGGCCGAGCCGGGCCCGAGCGACGGCGGCGGCGAGCCCGACGGCAGCGUCCGCAGGCCAAGGCCCGCCUGCGCCAGGCCCAGCCGCGACGGCGCGGAGCGCGAGAGCCCGCGGCCACCCGCAGCCGCCGAAGCCCCAGCGGGAAGCGACGGUGAGGACGGCGGCCGGCGUGACUUCGUGGAGGCGCCGCCGCCCAAGGUGAACCCGUGGACGAAGCACGCGCCGCCGCCGACCGCGGUGAACGGACAGCCGCCUCCAGAACCUUCUGCUCCAGCCAAGGUAGUGAGGGCAGCUGCUCCUAAACAGCGCAAGGGCAGCAAGGUUGGUGACUUUGGAGAUGCAAUCAACUGGCCUACACCUGGAGAGAUAGCCCACAAGAGUGUGCAGCCACAGUCCCACAAGCCUCAGCCUGCCCGUAAGCUGCCACCCAAGAAAGACAUGAAGGAGCAGGAGAAAGGAGAUGGAAGUGAUAGUAAGGAGAGUCCGAAAACAAAGUCAGAUGAAUCAGGGGAAGAAAAGAACGGGGAUGACGACUGCCAGCGAGGCGGGCAGAAGAAGAAAGGGAACAAACACAAGUGGGUUCCGUUGCAAAUAGACAUGAAGCCUGAAGUACUGAGAGAGAAAUUGGCCUCACGUCCCACUCGUCCGCAGGAGCCAAGACACACACCUGCUAGCCGAGGGGAGAUCAAAGGAUCUGAACCUGUCACCUACAUGCCUGUAUCUGUGGCCCCACCCACCCCAGCCUGGCAACCAGAGACCAAACCAGAGCCUGUCUGGCAUGACCAGGAUGAGACAUCGAGUGUGAAGAGUGAUGGGGCUAGCGGGGCGCGGGCUUCCUUCCGUGGCCGUGGACGGGGGCGUGGUCGUGGACGGGGCCGAGGACGGGGUGGUACUCGAACCCACUUUGACUACCAGUUUGGCUACCGAAAAUUUGAUGGUACAGAGGGGCCCCGCACCCCCAAGUACAUGAACAACAUCACCUACUACUUUGACAAUCUCAGCAGCACUGAGAUUUACAAUGUGGACCAGGAGCUGCUCAAGGACUAUAUCAAGCGCCAGAUUGAAUACUACUUCAGCGUGGACAAUUUAGAGCGAGACUUCUUCCUGAGACGGAAAAUGGAUGCUGAUGGUUUCCUUCCCAUCACCCUUAUUGCUUCCUUUCACCGUGUACAGGCCCUAACCACUGACAUUUCACUCAUCUUUGCGGCUCUAAAGGACAGCACGGUGGUAGAGAUUGUUGAGGAGAAAGUUCGCAGGAGGGAACAACCUGAGAAAUGGCCACUUCCUGGUCCGCCAAUAGUGGACUAUUCACAAACAGAUUUCUCUCAGCUUCUCAACUGCCCAGAGUUUGUUCCCCGUCAGCACUACCAGAAGGAGACUGAGUCAGCACCUGGCUCUCCCCGUGCUGUUACUCCAGUGCCAACCAAAACAGAGGAGGUCAGCAACCUGAAGACGCUUCCCAAGGGCCUGUCUGCCAGCCUCCCAGACCUGGAUUCUGAGAGCUGGAUUGAAGUGAAGAAAAGGCCCCGUCCCUCCCCAGCACGCCCCAAGAAGUCAGAAGAGCCCAGGUUCUCCCAUCCAACUUCUCUGCCUCAGCACCUUCCCUCUCAGCAGCUGAUGUCAAAGGAUCAGGAUGAGCAAGAAGAACUAGACUUCCUGUUUGACGAGGAGAUGGAGCAGAUGGAUGGGCGGAAGAAUACCUUCACUGCCUGGUCCGAUGAGGACUCUGAUUAUGAGAUUGAUGACCGGGAUGUCAACAAGAUACUCAUUGUCACUCAAACACCACCUUACAUGCGUCGGCACCCUGGGGGGGACCGCACAGGCAACCACACUUCUCGUGCCAAGAUGAGUGCUGAGUUGGCCAAGGUCAUUAAUGAUGGGCUCUUCUACUAUGAGCAAGACCUAUGGACUGAGAAGUUUGAGCCUGAGUAUUCACAGAUCAAGCAAGAAGUCGAGAACUUCAAGAAAGUGAAUAUGAUUAGUCGGGAGCAGUUUGACACCCUGACCCCCGAACCCCCUGUGGAUCCCAACCAGGAGGUUCCUCCUGGACCACCUCGGUUCCAACAAGUUCCUACUGAUGCCCUGGCCAACAAGCUGUUUGGUGCUCCUGAGCCCUCCACCAUUGCCCGUUCUCUACCAACCACUGUCCCAGAGUCGCCAAACUAUCGAAAUGCCAGGACCCCACGCACACCCCGGACCCCUCAGCUCAAAGACUCUAGUCAGACAUCACGUUUUUACCCAGUGGUGAAAGAAGGACGGACCCUAGAUGCCAAGAUGCCUCGAAAAAGGAAGACAAGACACAGCUCGAACCCCCCCUUGGAAAGUCAUGUGGGUUGGGUGAUGGAUUCCCGGGAGCACAGGCCCAGGACUGCUUCUAUUAGCUCCAGCCCUUCAGAAGGAACACCUGCAGUUGGCAGCUAUGGCUGUACCCCUCAGUCAUUACCCAAGUUCCAGCAUCCUUCCCAUGAGCUGCUCAAGGAAAAUGGCUUCACACAACACGUCUACCACAAGUAUCGGAGGCGCUGCCUUAAUGAGCGGAAGCGCUUGGGUAUUGGCCAGUCUCAGGAGAUGAACACCCUUUUCCGCUUUUGGUCGUUCUUCCUCCGAGAUCACUUCAAUAAAAAGAUGUAUGAGGAGUUCAAGCAGCUGGCACUGGAGGAUGCCAAAGAAGGCUACCGAUACGGUUUGGAGUGCCUUUUUCGAUAUUACAGUUAUGGUCUGGAGAAGAAGUUCCGACUGGACAUAUUCAAGGAUUUCCAGGAGGAGACUGUGAAGGACUAUGAGGCUGGCCAGCUCUAUGGAUUAGAGAAGUUCUGGGCCUUCUUGAAAUAUUCCAAAGCCAAAAAUUUGGACAUUGACCCCAAAUUGCAAGAAUACCUCGGCAAAUUCCGACGUCUAGAAGACUUCCGAGUGGACCCCCCCAUGGGCGAGGAAGGCAACCACAAGCGACACCCAGUGGUAGCAGGAGGCAGCGGUGAGGGCAGGAAGCGGUGCCCUUCCCAGUCUUCCAGCAGGCCUGCCACUGGGAUCUGCCAACCCCCUACGACACCUACUGGCCAGGCUACUCGGGAAGAUGCCAAAUGGACAAGCCAGCACUUGGACACACUGACUUUGGGAAAGUGAAUGCCCAGAAGCCCCCUGGGGUUUGGGAUAGAAGGGGUGGGGUGGGUGAGGAUCCAUGGGGGUGCCCAGUCCCAGAAGAGUGGACAGAGAAGGGACAGGCCUGGAGUUAUUAAGAUAGGCCUUUGCACUAAGUAGCAGUGUACACCAUUUGGGCUAUUAGUGGUGCCCCUGGGCAGGAGCCUCCAAGUCUCCCCUUCCCCUUCUGUCUCCAUGACUUCCAUCUUAACUUCUAAGGGGGGAGGGAAAAGGGGGGAGAUUUUUUAUAUAUAUACAUAUAUAUAUAUACAUACAUAUAUAUAUAUAUAUCAAGUUUUAAAUUAUUGAUAGUUUGUCUGGAUUACCAAAAUCACUCUUCAGCCCUUUCUUGCGGCUGUUAGCCGACCUGUGUCCCUGCCUCUUCCCGCUCCCCUCAAGCCAACUAUGCAGCCCACCAGAAGACUCUGGUGGUGCCCAUGAGCCCCAGAAGCACCAGCCCCUUGAUCAACUGGGGUUUGCCAUCACCGUGUCCCCUGCUGUUCCGCAUACCCUUCUGCCACCUCUGGGGGAAGGAAACCAAAGGAUCUCAGAGUGGGGGUCGGGGAGUUUUAGCCUCUCCUGCCCUCCCCCCGUCCCCAGCCCAGAGAAGCUGCUCACACCAGAAGAGACUAUUGAAAGAUGAUUUAUUUUAUUUUAUUUUAUUUUUCGUCUGACCUUUCCAUCCUUGGGAAAACAGAAAACAAAACAAAAAAACAAAAACAACCCCAAAACAAAAAAAACAACAACAACAAAAAAAGAAAAAAAAAGACAAAAUCAACCAUAAAAAAAUGACAAAAAAAAAUCAGAGCCCACCUAAUCCAUAGAAAGUGAUGUCUUUACCCCCUCCUUGGAAUUUUUCUUCUGUUCUGUUUUUGAAAAUAAUAUUUUUUUAAAAGUUGCCUUAUUGUGGAGCGGGAACCUGAACUAAUGCCCAAAUGCCUGAUUUCCUCCUCGAGCCUCCGAAGAGCUCCACCUGCCUGGGAUGCCCCUGGGCUUGGACUAACUAGAAUUUUCCUUGGGACUGAGUUGCAUGUACAGGGCCUCCCAUCUGGAGGCAAGAGAGUUGGGGGCAGCUCAAUCAGAGCUGUGCCCAGGACACCCCUGCUGUUUCAUCGUCUCAAGCUGAUGUCCUGUGUCUGCACACUGCUGCCGCUGUCCUUGUUCUGCUUGCUGUCGUCUGACCAGGCUCACUCUGCCCUUCCUCGGAACCCCAAGGCCAAGUUUGCUUCAGACUGUCGUAAAUAGAGUUGGUCUUGUCUGGCA